ACGGCCAGCAGAGUACUAAAGGGACAAAGAACCGCUGCUUCACAUCCUAUCCCCUCCAACAGGUUGGAAACCUCGAGUCUACGUGUUGGUAGAGGGUGUACUGCUUGUUGUUCGUCUGCCAAGAUCACUCUUUUUCUCCCUGCAUCAUGCUACGCCCAGUUACCAUCCACUGUUUCCUGUCCACCUUGCUGUGCAUGUGGGUGCUGUGCAAUGCCCAGUCAGACUCCAAUGUAAUCCAGCUGCGUCUGGCCGGGGAGAAGCGGAAACACCAUGAGGGCCGAGUGGAAGUUUUCUACAAUGGGGAGUGGGGGACGGUGUGUGAUGAUGACUUCUCCAUCUACGCUGCCCAAGUGGUGUGCAGAGAGCUUGGCUUCGUGGACGCCGAGUCCUGGUCGCCCUCAGCCAAGUACGGAAGAGGAGAAGGCCGUAUCUGGCUAGACAAUUUGCACUGCACUGGUAAAGAGAAGAGCCUGGCUCAGUGUGAGUCCAACGGCUUGGGAGUGUCUGACUGCAAACAUUCAGAAGAUGUUGGGGUGGUGUGCACCCAGAAGCGCAUUCCAGGCUUCAAGUUCAUCCGGACCCAGGCCAACAUCGAGGAGGGUGUGACGGUGCAGGUGGAGGAUGUCAGGAUCAGGGCCACAUACUCUCACAGGAAAAGGAUUCCCAUCACUGAAGGUUUUUUGGAGGUGAAAGAUGGAGGCAAGUGGAGGCAGAUCUGCAACGAGGGCUGGACGGAGAUGAACAGUAGGGUGAUCUGUGGCAUGUACGGCUUCCCUACGGAGAAACGUUUCAACACCCGACCCUACAAAUUGCUGGCCAGUCGUCGCAAGAAGAACUACUGGGGCUUCUCUGUCAACUGCACAGGCAACGAGGCCGACCUGUCUGACUGCAAACUGGGCCGGGAGAUACAGAUGAAGGGCAACAGCACCUGUGAGAAGGGCAUGCCUGUAGUGGUCAGCUGUAUGCCUGGACGUGCCUUUGCCCCCAGUGUCAGCGCUGGCUUCAGGAAGGCCUACAGGGUGGAGCAACCCUUGGUGCGUCUAAAAGGCGGAGCUAUGAUAGGUGAGGGUCGAGUGGAGGUGUUGAAGAACGGCGAGUGGGGGACAGUGUGUGACGACAACUGGAACAUUCAAGCUGCCACUGUGGUGUGUCGAGAGCUGGGGUUCGGCAGCGCCAAAGAGGCCUUGACCGGCGCCAGACUGGGACAAGGGAUUGGGCCGGUCCACAUGAAUGAGGUGGAGUGCUCUGGGUUUGAAAAGUCUCUGACUGAGUGCUACUUCAACCGUGAAUCUGUGGGCUGCAACCAUGACGAAGAUGCAGCAGUCAGGUGUAAUGUUCCUGCCAUGGGCUUUCGCAAUAGACUUCGGUUAAAUGGUGGCCGUAAUCCCUACGAGGGCCGUGUGGAGGUCCUGACAGAGAGGAACGGCUCGCUGGUUUGGGGCACAGUGUGCAGUGACAGCUGGGGGACCAUUGAGGCCAUGGUUGUGUGCAGACAGCUGGGUUUGGGCUUUGCCAACCACGCUUUCCAGGAAACAUGGUACUGGGAAGGAGAUCCAUCAGCUAAUGCUGUGGUGAUGAGUGGAGUGAGGUGUUCAGGAACUGAGCUGACUCUGGAUCAGUGUCUGCAUCAUGGGGAACACAUUCACUGUCCCAGAGGAGGAGGACGCUUCGCUGCGGGGGUCUCCUGUACUCACACGGCCCCAGACCUGGUCCUGGAUGCCCAGGUUGUGGAGCAGACCACCUACCUGGAGGACAGGCCCAUGUACGUGCUGCAGUGUGCCCAGGAGGAGAAGUGUCUGUCCUCAAGUGCCGACAAAGCCGACGCCAGCUCCUACCGCCGUCUUCUGCGUUUCUCCUCCCAGAUCCACAACAACGGCAUGUCAGACUUCAGGCCGCUGUCUGGACCCCAGUCCUGGGUCUGGCAUGAAUGCCACAGACAUUUCCACAGUAUGGAGGUUUUCACCCACUAUGACCUGCUGAGUCUGAAUGGCACUAAAGUGGCAGAGGGACACAAAGCCAGUUUCUGUCUGGAGGACACCCAUUGUGACGAGGGUAUUCAGAAGAGGUACGAAUGUGCCAACUUCGGAUCACAGGGCAUCACAGUUGGCUGCUCGGAUACCUACAGACAUGACAUCGACUGUCAGUGGAUCGACAUCACAGACGUGAAGCCUGGUGACUACAUCUUCCAGGUUGUGAUAAAUCCCACCUUUGAGGUUGCAGAAUCAGAUUAUACCAACAACAUUAUGAAGUGCCGCAGCCGGUAUGAUGGACAACGGAUAUGGACGUACAACUGUCAUAUAGGUGGCUCACUCAGUUCAGAAACAGAAGAAACGUUCCCUGGAUUGCUGACCAACCAGAUUUCACGAAGGUAGAGCCCAAGAUGGACAACAAAGACGGACGGACAUUAGGGAAGCAUAUAUUAAUAUUUGACAACCACUAGAGGGGGCUGUACUGAUUUGCUUCCUUGGAGCAGUGCUGGAUUGUUGAGCUGAGGGCUCAACUGGUUUAAUGGACAAUGAUUCAAUGAGAAAAUGAACUGCUUGCUUACCACAUCUAUUAACCACAUUCCACUCUACAAAACUGUUCCUAUUUCUUAUUGUCUCUAGCCUUUGUUGUAUGUGAAAUGUAGAUCUUGACCUGGUGCUUAUUGGGAAAGAUGUCAGGUAAGAUUGCUGCCAAAUAAUGUUUUAAGUGUGUCAAAAGUUCCCUUCUAAGCCAAAGUGUUAGAAGGCAAAAAACCUCAAACUAAAAGCCAUUACAUGAAACCUUCACCCUAAUUUGUAAUUUGUUUGGUAUAGAUAAAAAAAUAUAUAUAUUUUGGUGCUACAACCGCUCAUUAUCUUGCACUAUAUGUUUUAUCUCAAAACAGUUGAACUGAAGGGGAGGUGUAUAAAUUGCGUACGUUUCUACAGUGUUGGAAAGUCAAUGGCUUUAAAUUAAGAACAACCUCAUUUUAUAAAAGCACAACUGACAAGACAAAUCAUUCCUGCUCUUACAAGCACUGUAUUAAACUUUCUACAAAGGAUGACAACUGCUAUAUAGGGUACCAAAAGGUGAAUUGUCUGUCAGAAUGAGGUAUGACGACAAUAAUUUGGAUUUGUUCCCUGUAGUAUUUCUGACAAUCUGUAAAGAUUUUCAGCCAUACAUUGAAGUCAGAAUAAAGCUGAGUGGAAGUGCUUAUUUUUCCUUCCAGGUGUUACGUUCCACAUACUUGAGCUCAAAUGUUCUAUUUAUUGAUUUAUUUCUUGGUCACUAUAGCAGACUCACAUUUUCAUCUUCAUGAUCUGCACAUCCCCUCAGCUUCUUUCUUUCUCACUGUCUUGAGUUUUGUUAAAUUAUUACCGUCAGGGACAAUUGUAACAUUGUGGAUGUACUGUAAAAGCCAAAAAUGUAUGUGAAAAUGCCUCUCCAUUGUUGUGUAAAUUAGUUUUUUUUAUGUGGCAAAUUCAAGGACCCUUCAUUUUAUAAGGGUACAUGUCAAUUGCUGCCCAACAGUUUUUAUUGUGUAUGCAUGGGUGAAUGUGGAAAUGCAUUACAUUUCCUGUAAUAAAGAAUGGUGAAAGCAAAUCUCACUUUAUAUGACAAAGCUACAACUUCAAAAUGUUUCAGUGUGUGGAAACGUUGUAAAAAGGACAUCAAGGUGAAGUAAAGAGACAUAAAUAUGUUUAAAAAGUGAAAGUGAAAGAUAACGUGUUGUAUGUAUGUCCGUUAGCCCACAUGUUAGCGUUCACAUCACAAUGGUAGUAACAUAAACAGUUUUGCUUAAGUAAAUAUAAUAAAGACUGUUGCAGAUUGA